AUGAGGAAGGUAUUUUCCAUUCUCUCGACAAAUUCUCUUCAUAUUAAUGCCAAGAAAUGUAGAUUUGGAGAAAGCAAGCUAGAGUAUUUGGGUCAUGGGUUUUGACAGAAGGAGUAGAAGUCGGUAAAGAGAAGAUAUCUGCCACGACUAAUUGGCCAAUUCCUAGAAAUCUUAAGGAACUCCGUGGGUUCUUAGGGCUCACUAGAUAUUAUAGAAAAUUUAUUGCCAACUAUGCUUCAAUUGCAUGGCCACUAACACAGUUAUUAAGAAAAGAUGUAUUUUAUUGGUUAGGAGAAACACAAGCAGCUUUCUCUACCCUUAAACAAGCAAUGACUUUGGCUCUAGUAUUAGCAUUACCAAAUUUUUCACAAGAAUUUAUCAUGGAAACUGAUGCUUUUGGAUCAGGUGUUGGAGCCGUUCUCAUGUAA